UGCUUUGCGCUGCAGGAAUUUGUGAUCGCGCGGUGGGAUUUGGGAUCAAUCAGAAUUUCAUGCGUGUUGCCAAUCUUUUUUUUAUGUUUGGGGGGUAAGGUUUGAUAGGGAUUGUUGGGGCCAAAUUUCCCCAAAUCUUCUGGGACUAGCGUUGCCGACAGUUGCUUCAGUGGUCGUCUGCAUCGACCAGCGCCGCAGGGAUCCGCCGCCGCUGCCAAGAUCCGCCUCUGUGGCCGUGGAUUCCACACCACAGCCGCUCCAGUUCAUGUCUUGACAGACUACGGAUGCUGGGAUCCAUGCUUGCCGCUCUUGAUCGCUUCAUCCAAUCUUUGCUGAGGCGGCGAUGAUGGGUGUACCGCGUAUUCAAUGUGAUGUUAGGAUGUUCAGUUUCUACGCUAAUUGAUACGCUUGGGCGGUUUUUGCUCACUAAGGCCGAUCAAGUCCGGGCUUCAAUUGUAUUUCACGCAUUACAUGCCUUGCUGGUUUUAUUUGUUGUUUGUAACUUGCUAUGCAAACUUUCCUGGUGGGUGGGCAUUAGCUGCAAAUUGUAGAUAGGAUGAUCACUUAGAUAGACCCUUCUCUGCAUUUGAUCAUCUAGAACUUACACUUUUCAACUGCUGUUUCUCUGCAGCAACGUCCUUUCGUUAUACACCACCCAUUGCAAGCAUUCCGCUCGGAGCUGCAUAACAUCAUCUCCCUAGAAGUCAAAAAUAUAUAUGGGCUGAUUUUAACAUUUCAUGGGAGGUUUUGAAGACGAUGAACCACCCUCGAAACGCGCAAGAGCAUCCUCAGUAGAACCAGCAAGUUUGUUAGAUAGUUUUUCUUGCUUGAAACCUGCCGCUCCUUUGGGAAGCACAAUGGCUAGACCUUUGCCUUCCCAGGGGAAAGAAGUUAUGGUUGGCUCUAAAGGUGUUAUUAAGAGGGAUGAAUUUGUGAGGAUAAUCACAAAGGCUCUGUAUAGCCUUGGUUAUGAAAAAAGCGGAGCAGUUCUUGAGGAAGAAUCAGGAAUAACUCUGCAUUCCCCAACAGUGAAUCUUUUCAGAAGGCAGGUACUUGAUGGGAAUUGGGAUAGUGCAGUGGUUACCUUGAAGAAGGUUGGCCUUUUGGACGAAAACAUUGUAAAGUCUGCUAUAUUUCUGAUACUGGAACAAAAAUUUCUUGAACUUUUGAGAAAUGACAAUGUCAUGGGUGCUAUAAGGACUUUGCAGAGUGAAAUUACACCACUUGGUGUCAACAAAAAAAGAGUUCAUGAACUGUCAGGCUGCAUAAUUUCUUCUCCACAGCAUGUAUUACUUGGUUUUUCGAAGCUUGGCAUUGAAUCUUCAAACUCACGGCUGAAGCUGCUAGAGGAAUUGCAAAAGGUGCUUCCCCCAACUGUUAUGGUACCAGAGAGGAGGUUAGAGAAUUUGCUUGAGCAAGCACUUACUGUCCAGCGUGAAGCUUGUUAUUUCCAUAAUUCUAUUGAUGGCUUGUCACUCUACACUGAUCAUCACUGUGGGAAGGAUCAGCUACCAUCUUGCACGGUGCAGGUUCUGCGUGCACACCGUGAUGAAGUAUGGUUUCUUCAAUUUUCAAACAAUGGAAAGUAUUUAGCCUCAGCAUCAAAUGAUAAAUCCGCAAUCAUAUGGAAGGUUGAUGAAGAUGGAGAGCUAUUGCUAAAGCACACAUUGACUGGUCAUGACAAGCCAGUCAUGAUGGUUGCAUGGAGCCCUGAUGAUUGCCAGCUUCUCACAUGUGGAAUGGAAGAAGUCAUUCGGUGUUGGGAUGUUGAAUCUGGCAAAUGUCUUCAUGUUUAUGAAAAGUCUGGCAUUGGUCUGAUCUCAUGUGGUUGGUUUCCAGAUGGAAAGCAUAUAUUGUCUGGUCUAACUGAUCAUAACUUUUGCUUGUGGGAUUUAGAUGGUAAAGAAGUAGAUUGUUGGAAAGGCCAGAGAUCAUCUAAAACAUCUGAUUUUGCCGUAUCAAACGAUGGCAAGCUUAUAAUAAGCAUGAAUAGAGAGUCCACCAUUCGUUUAUUUGAUCGGGAGACAAAACAGGAGAGAUUGAUUGAGGAGGACAAUACAAUCACAUCAUUUUCUCUUUCAGAAGAUGGUGAUUUCUUGCUUGUAAACCUUAUAAGUGAGGCGAUUCAUUUGUGGAACAUAAGGAAUUGCCCCAUUCGAGUUAACCGGUAUGCUGGUCAUAAGCGCAGCCGGUUUGUGAUAAGGUCUUGUUUUGGUGGAUCCGAGCAGGCCUUUAUUGCUAGUGGUAGUGAAGAUUCACAGAUCUAUAUAUGGCAUAGAGCUACUGGAGAUCUUAUUGAAACUCUGCCUGGUCACACCGGCACGGUCAACUGUGUGAGCUGGAAUCCUGCGAAUCCGCACAUGCUUGCAUCUGCAAGUGAUGAUCACACAAUUCGUAUAUGGGGUUUAAAGAAGGCCAAUCUGAAGCGCAAGGAUGUUGGCAGCAGCAAUGGGAUCUAUGCAAAUGGUAAUACACCCAGCAAUGGUGUGGUACACCAGUGCAACGGGAACAGCAGCAAAUGAACAUGGCUUGCUAACCAAUGGAUGGAUGACUGGCAUUUGUAAAUCCCCUUUUCCUUCCCUUUCCUUUAGUUUCCUAUCCAUCAGGGAGGACGCCAUAGUAAAACAAAGCUCUGCAGCACAUAGUGUGGGGAAACCUGCUGGGUUUCAUGCACGAUCUCUCAUGUAUUCCAUCUUACUGUUUGUCACAUUUAUUUCUUAAUUCAUGCUGAAAAGAUAUUUCGAUACUAUAUUGCACCUUAAAGGUCUUUCUGUUCCCUUCAUUCUUAGUGCUUAUGGUAACAAGUGUUGUGAUUUAAGUGCUGAUUGAUCAAGCACAGAACAGAUUGUAACUGGGUAACCUAGGGAGAAAAGGUCAUCUUUAAUGUAAUGCAACAUCUAUGAUCGUCAUUGCCACUACCCCAAAUUUAAAGAACUAAAGCAUGUUUCAUUUGAAA